UUCGUCUACAAUCGUCAGUUCACUCGCCGCAGUUUGGCGGAUGGUCGUGAGAAUGGUGCGUUCCGUACUUGAACAAAGGAAAAUAAUCGUUUGCAAGUGUAAAGUAGAUGAUGUCGUCUGACUCCACUAAAGUGCAGGUGGAAUACAUCAGUGAGGACAAGAUUAUCAAGGAAGAGAGUGGUAACCAGUCUCCGCUGGCACUCCUGGCGGCAACUUGCAGCCGGCUCGGCGCAGCCAACAUGGGGCCCGAACAGCAAGAGAAAGAGCAACAGCAGCAACAACAACAACAACACUAUAGUCCACAGCAACAACAACAAGCGCAACAACAACAACAACAACAAGCACAGCAACAGCAGCAGGCACAGCAGCAACAACAACAGCAGGCGCAGCAACAGCAACAACAACAACAACAGGUCCAACAGGCUCAACUAGUACAACAACAAGUGCAAGGGGAUGCGGCAACUCUUGCCGCAAUACAACAACAAUAUUUACAACAACAACCUCAAUUGAGGGUCAUUAGUACCGCAGUUGUACAACAACUUAGAGCUCAAGGUUUAACAGGCAAUGAACUGUCAGCGGCGAUAGUGAACGCAGCCAGUACUGUGCCAAAUGGCAUACAAGUGCAGCAGCCACAGGUGAUAUCGAUGCAGCAGCUGCAGCAGCUGCUGGGCGGCGGCGGCGGUGAGGGCGCUACCUACCAGAACGCACCGCAGCAGCUGCUGCAGAUACACCCUCAGCUGCUGCAGCAGCAAGGAGGUGGCGUGUACGGGGGCUGCCUGGUGGGGGGCGUGGGUGGUGUGGGGGGCGUGGCUCCCAUGCAGGCUGUCACUGUGGAUGGUCAGGAGGCGCUUUUCAUACCAGCUCAGCAUGCACAAAACUUCUCCGGCAUGGGUCAAGUGAGCCUGGUCAACGGUCAGCUGGUUCGAACACCGGUGCUUCCUGCAGGCUUCCUGCAGAAUGUCAUGCAUUUACCUGCUGAGCAACAGGCCACGGUCACAAUCCCGGGCUCUAACAUAUCCAUACCGUUGAGCGCGCUCGCCGGGAAUCAGCCGAUGAUCACGAUCCCCGGGAACUUUUCCCUUCCCGCCGGGAUUCAGAUCCCGACCAGCCAGGCCAUCACUAUCUCCAGCUCGCCACUGCCCUCUGCAGACAAGGGUGCCAACACUAAGGAAAAGUCACCCACCAGCCCGCAGGGACAAGGUGGUGGAGUCGCAGUACGUGGGGGAGUGGGCAGCGUGGGUGGGAUGGGCGUGGUACCCGUGCAGGUCCCAGUGAGCGUGGGCAACGGACAUACAGUGUACCACACAGUCCACGUGCCGGUACACGCGCCCCACCAUCUGCAGAUCAUACCGCAGCUACAACAGAUGCAAGCACAGCCGCAAGUAGCCAAUGUUCUGACACCCUCGGGUCAGAUCCAGCAAAUACAAAUAGCUUCACUUGGUAAUGUACAGUCGAGCGGCGGUGCGCAGACAUCAGUGAGCGCGGCGCAGACGCCGGCCACCAUCACGCUGCAGGCGGUAUCGAACCCGAUGCAGACGGAGGGCGUGGGCCAGCAGCAGAUACUGACCAGCUCGGGCCAGCAGCUGACCGUCAUACCCGCCAGCACGGCCGUCAGGAACGUCGUGCAGAUGCCGACGCUGGGCGUGGGCGGGCUGGGCGGUGCGGUGCAGCUGGUGCCGGCCGUGAUGCCCGGCGUGCAGGGCGUGCAACUCGCGCAGAUGUCGCAGCCGCAACAACAGCAGCAGCAGCAACAGCAACCUGUCAUUGAGGCGACAUUCACUGGCCAGCAGAUUCAGCAGGACGCGUCCGAGCCGGGCAAGUGGCAGGUGGUGACUGUGAGCACGGGGGGCGGGGGCGGGGCCGCCGCGACCGGGGGCGGGGCUGCAGGCGCGGGGGGCGGGGCGGAGUGCGAGAAGCUGCGCGAGCCGAGCCCUACACACGGCAAGCGGCUCAUGAAGCGCGUCGCCUGCACCUGCCCCAACUGCGACCAGGGCGAGAAACUGUCCGACCGCAAGAAGCAGCACGUGUGUCAUAUCCCCGGCUGUAACAAAGUGUACGGCAAGACGUCGCACCUGCGCGCCCACCUGCGCUGGCACUCUGGCGAGCGACCCUUCCUCUGCAAUUGGCUCUUCUGCGGCAAAAGAUUCACACGUUCUGAUGAGCUGCAGAGGCAUAGACGUACGCACACCGGAGAGAAGAGGUUUGAGUGCCCCGAGUGCAGCAAGAGGUUUAUGAGGUCAGACCACCUCGCCAAGCACGUGCGAAUACACACCAAAACUAGGAGCACGGAAACAACAACAACCAACCAGCUGAUGUAUUCAGAUUCCGGUGAUGAUAGCUGUGAUGACAAAAUGAUGCUCACCAUUGAAACUAUACACACGGCCGGUGAAGGUGAUGAGAAGCUGGUUAUGAUCCGGCCCGGCACCAAGCUGGAGACGGAGCAGGAUAGCUAGGACGAGGCUAGCGACGCAUAGUCCCGUCGCUACACACGCAGCCGCUGCAAGUCGCAGCAAUUCUGCUAUUGUGAAUAGAACACAACCAAGUUUACAGUGAACAGUGCUUGUGAAUAACCGAACCUAACAGGCCACAAUAGAAUUACUUUAGUGAACAUGACAAUAAGUUUUCAGUGAAUAGUGCUUGUGAACACAACCUAUCAGUUGUGAUUAUUCGUGUCGAGUUUCAUAGCUACAAACUGAUGUUGUGGAUAGACUGCGAUGGAUUCAGUUUACUGUGAAAAGUGCUUUACACCGAACCCAACAUUUCAAAACAUAACCUAACUGUUGUGAUGAAAUCAAUGGUUUCAUUCUGUUGUCAGACUUCUAUUGUGAGUAGAUUUAGCAAUAGUUUCAUGAUAAGUUUUUUGUAUGGAAGUUGAAGCAGUGAAAUCAUAUGGUUACAUAAUUAUUCAACUUAUUACAUUGCAGUAAACAUUUAAAAUUGCCUAUGCCAAAAUCAACAUACUAAAUUCAUAUUAAACAAGAAAUCCGUCCAGUUACUUCUAGAAGUAAACUCAGAAUGAAAUUUCUUAAAGACAUGUACUGUUCAUUGUUUAUUGGUGUUGCCAGUGGUCCUGCGUGUGUCAAUUUUAUUUUAUCCAUGACUUGUGUAUAAGUACAGGGGUAAAUUUAUAAUGAUAAUUUGUAAAUAUAUAAUAUGUAAUAAUUUUGUAUACGAUUAAGAUUUGUAAAGAUAAUUCCAUAGAUUAAUUGUUUAAUAGAAUUAUAUGUAGUGAUAUAAACAAUUCAAUAUUUACUUUUUACCAUAGUGAUAUUAUUUUAAAUAC